AUGGAGGUGGACAUGGACGUGGACGUGGACGUGGAGGUGGAGGUGGACGUGGACGUGGACAUGGAGGUGGACAUGGACGUGGACGUGGACGUGGACGUGGACAUGGACGUGGACAUGGACGUGGACGUGGACGUGGACGUGGAGUGGACGUGGAGUGGACGUGGACGUGGACAUGGACGUGGACGUGGACGUGGACGUGGACGUGGACGUGGACGUCGACGUGGACGUGGACGUGGACGUGGACGUGGACGUGGACGUGGACGUGGACGUGGACGUGGACGUGGACGUGGAGGUGGACGUGGAGUGGACGUGGACGUGGACGUGGACGUGGAGAACUUGGACGUGGACAUGGACGUGGACGUAGACGUAGACGUGGACGUGGACGUGGACAUGGACGUGGACGUGGACGUGGACGUGGAGGACAUGGACGUGGACGUGGACGUGGACGUGGACGUGGAGAACUUAGACGUGGACAUGGACGUGGACGUGGAGGACUUGGACGUGCACAUGGACGUGGACGUGGACGUGGACGUGGACGUGGACAUGGAGGUGGACGUGGACGUGGACGUGGACGUGGACAUGGACGUGGACGUGGACGUGGACAUGGACGUAGACGUGGACGUGGAGUGGACGUGGAGUGGACGUGGACGUGGACAUGGACGUGGACGUGGACGUAGACGUGGACGUGGACGUGGACGUGGACGUGGACGUGGACGUGGAGGUGGACGUGGACGUGGAGGUGGACGUGGAGUGGACGUGGACGUGGACGUGGACGUGGAGAACUUGGACGUGGACAUGGACGUGAACGUGGACGUGGACGUGGACGUGGACUUGGACGUGGACGUGGAGAACUUGGACGUGGACAUGGACGUGAACGUGGACCUGGACGUGGACAUGGACGUGGACGUGGACGUGGACGUGGACGUGGACGUGGACGUGGACGUGGAGGUGGACGUGGACGUGGAGGUGGACGUGGAGUGGACGUGGACGUGGACGUGGACGUGGACGUGGACGUGGACGUGGACGUGGACAUGGACGUGGACGUGGACGUGGACGUGGACAUGGACGUGGACAUGGACUGGAGGUGGACGUGGAGUGGACGUGGACGUGGACGUAGACGUGGACGUGGACGUGGACGUGGACAUGGACGUGGACGUGGACGUGGACGUGGACAUGGACGUGGACGUAGACGUAGACGUUGACGUGGACGUGGACAUGGACGUGGACGUGGACGUGGACGUGGAGGACGUGGACGUGGACGUGGACGUGGACGUGGACGUGGAGAACUUGGACGUGGACAUAGACGUGAACGUGGACGUGGACGUGGACGUGGACUUGGACGUGGACAUGGACGUGGACGUGGAGUGGACGUGGACGUGGACGUAG